AUGUUCUCUCAUACGAACUGGGAGUACAGUGUAAGACAAAGCGGUGGUUCGUACUCCCAAUUUUCCUCCUACUUGAGCACCGAAAGCCUUGGAGGUGCCAAUGCCCUAUUCUUCGCCCUCAAAUCCAUUCAUGACUGGGCCGAGGUACAGAGAUGGAGAACCUCAACCGUUUGCCCCCACGUCGAACAGUUUGCGGGAAGGGCUCCGGAUGGGUGGCGAUUGUCCAUGGCAAAACUUCUCAUUGAGCAUGGCUCCUCUCUGAUUACCCGCGAAAAUGGACAGGUCCAUGCCUUGCACCAGGCAAGUGCGUAUGGCCAGAACGAUAUCGUCAAGUUCCUCAUCGACGAGCUGGGCACAGACCCUAACAUCAAAGACAAGGACAGCAACACGGCCUUGCAUUAUGUUGCGAUUGGCGCGGGGAGACGGUUGGAGAAGGAAGGCGGCAUGCAGAUUCAGGACCUGUGGAUGACAACCCAACUACUUCUGGACAGAGGGGCUGACCCAUGCCUACAGAACUUCAAGGGCCUUACGGCAGAAAAGAUUGGACUACCCCGCAAGGGGAUUUAA